UGUUGAACCAACAAAUGAACCUCCUCAGGCCUUCUGAUGGGAUUGGUCCCAUUUUCCGUUCACUGCCUCCCUCAUGGUGCCUCCUGGAUGCAGCUGAGGGAGGCUGCCAAGGUGCUGGGAUCCUUUUGCUCCGCAGAGCUGCCUGGAGCAACACCUGCGGUGGUGGGAAACCAUGACCCUGGUUUCUCCCAGACACUAUUAUCUCUGUCCCUUCACUGAUGUUGUCACCACCAACCUGAAGCUUGGCAAUCCGACAGACCGAAAUGUGUGUUUUAAGGUGAAGACUACAGCGCCACGUAGGUACUGUGUGAGGCCCAACAGUGGAAUCAUUGAUGCAGGGGCCUCAAUUAAUGUAUCUGUGAUGUUACAGCCUUUCGAUUAUGAUCCCAAUGAGAAAAGUAAACACAAGUUUAUGGUUCAGUCUAUGUUUGCUCCAACUGACACUUCAGAUAUGGAAGCAGUAGUAA